CAGGCGGCGGUGCGGCGGCCGGACAGACCGACCUGUGCCUGGCUCUACCCGGAACCAUUAUGCAGACAGGAAACUACCAUUUUAACGCGGAGGAGCCGUCGUCUGCGGAGGGGGACACCUCAAUCUGACACGGGGCGGACAACAGCCAGGAGAAGAGGGAGAAACACGACGGGAACAAAACAAAGGCGCCGUUUAGGGAGAAGAGGAGCCGGGGGGGAGCAGGAGCACCGAGGCGGCAGACAAUGGACCCAUCGGGCCGGGCCAGCGGCGGAAAGAGUUUUUGUUAGCGAGUGAAAAGCAGCCCUCCCGGGCCGAUGGAGAGCCAGGCCUCUCGCGGUGUUUUUCCACGGAUGAAGAAAAAGGCCCCGCUGACAGGCAGCAGGGACGCCGCGUGCACGGCUCUCUCUGUUUUUAAACCUUUCCCUCCCGUGUCUGUGAGCCGUUAGUGCACCUAGCCGUCGCGAGCUACAAGGCUGUCCACCCUGAAGUCACCGGUUGUCGGCGGAGACAGCGGACAGUUCUACCCCCUCCACCCUCCCCUCUAGCAGCUGCGGGUCCAGCAGGGAGCUCCAGACCUGUGGAUCAGCCGGCUGUCUGAAGAACUCCACAAGGGGACAGAAUGGCAGUGAAGCGACGGUUCCUCCUCCGCUGAAAUAACGGACACACUCCACUACAUGAGACUGCUGACCUGAUUUUUAACAAAAAUCAGCAUACGGUUAUGGAACACUUUUUAAAGAAACACUACAGACUCAGUUUUUUUUAGUAUGAUUUAGUUUAUUUCCUAUUUAUGACCCUUUUUAUAACAUCCCACAGAAGAAGCACUUGAAGGCUUCACUCUUGAAUGGAGAGUAUCGAAGCAUUUAUAUGACAAAAAUCAAGCAUCGGCUUUUGGUGGAUUAUAGCAGCUUGUCGUUUGACGUUUGGGAUCCGGACUACCUCUGAUAAUCCCACCUGGUCUUUUUGACGAGGGAUCACCGCUGAGUGCACGAGGCAGUUGUGGCUUCGUGACACUCCGCCCCAGCUGCAUUGGAAGAUGUUCCAAUUCAGCAAGUACCCCAUGGACAUUUUAGAGAUGCUGAGUGGACACCAGGCCCACCAGUUCAAAGGCCUGGGACUAGAACGACAGCUGAGCCACCAGCAGCAGGUCCAGCUGCAGCAUCAGCAGCAGCUCCAGCAGCAGCACCAGCCCUCCGCCGACAGCUCCGGGAGCCUCCUGUCCGGCCUCGGCCUCGGCUCCCUCCAGAGCUCUCGCAGCAAUGCCUUCGCCGACUCCUCGUCGUUAUUUGCCAAAAUGAGCGCCCCUCCGCCCUCCAUCUCCCACCAGAGCCAGUCGUCCUCGUCGUCUCACAGCUCCCGCAAGUCGAGUAAGAUGAGCAGUAGCAGCAGCAGCAGCAGCGGGAGCUCGGGGUACCCCCAGUUCCUGCGGCCUUUUCACCCCGCCGAGGCCGCGCUGGCUCAGGAGCAGCUCCACUCCGGCAUGGGACGCUUUGACUUUAGUGGGAGCAGCAGCGGAGGGAGCGCCGGAGUCAUCGGGGGGGUGGUCACACCUGCACCCCCGCCUCCACCGCUGCAUCCAGGUCUCUCUGUCCCCCAGCCCUCCUCUGGUCCCCCGACCUCCUCGCCCUCUCCCUCCACCUCUUCAGCCUCCAACAACCCCUCCAGCAGCACUGCAGUCCCCUUAGUCGGCCAGUCGGACCCCCGCAGCCUCCACCAGCAGUUCAGCUGCAUGCUCGCUGCCAACCAGUACUUCCUGUCCGGCGUCCCCACCAACAGCAGCUUGGAGCAGUUCCUCGUCCAGCAAGGCACUCACAACCACUUGGGCUUGGGUCUAAGCCAAGGGGCCUCCGACUCAAACUCGGCCCUGGCCCCUCCCCCCGCCCUCCACUCCUCACACAGCCACAGCCACACAGCUCCGACGCCUCAGCAGCAGCAACAGCAGCUGACCUCUCAUGCCUUAUCUCACCCACACAGCCACACUCACCACCCGCACCCGCUCCACCCGGCUCCCCAGCCCGCCCCGCUGGGUGGCUUUGAUUUCCAAGGCAUUCCAGUCCUCUCUUCCAACCAGAUAGCAUCACUAAUGCAGCAAGAGGCCGGCCUCCCCCUCCCCCUGCCCCUGCACCUGUCUCUCUCUAAAGAUGAUUCAAAGUCAGGCGACAGAGAGAGUUCAUCAUCGUCUUCAGCCGGAGGAAGCAGGAGAAAGAAAGCGAUGGCGGGCUACCUGCCCCAGAGGAAAACCGAGAGUAGUAGCCACAGUCACAGCAGCCACAGCCAUAGCAGCAGCAGUGUUGCUAACUGCCAUAACAGCAGCUCAAGUGGGCACAGUCAGAGCUCCUCAUCGGGCCUCGUGGGAGGAGGAUCUGGGGGCGUCGGGAUAAGUGGCAUCGGAAGCGAGCCGCCGCAUUCCUCUCUCCUUUCAUCGUCCUCGCAGCAGUCAUCCUCCACUGUCUCCUCCUCCUCGUCUGCCCCUCCCUCCUCUAACUCCACCUCUGUGCUCGUAGCCAACGGCAGCCGACAGUUGUCCAAAUCCCAAGACAGCCACAGUAACAGUUCGUCUGGCCAGCCCGAGCCAGAGCCCCUUUACCACUGUGGUGAAUGUGGUAAAACCUUCACCCACCUCUCCAGCCUUCGAAGGCAUCUCCGCAGCCACGGCUUGACACCGGAAAGCCAGAGCAGGAAGUCAGACUGUAACUCCCCCAGCCCCGAGAGGAUAUUCUGCUGCGGCGAGUGCGGGAAGAGAUUCAAAAAGAGGGGUCACCUCAUCCAACACAGCGUCACCCACUCGGAGAACCGGCCUUUUGUCUGCAACAUCUGCCAAAAGUCCUUCAACCGGCGAGAGUCGCUCACCAGACACGAGAAGAUUCAUGAUGAGAAGCCUUUCCGCUGCCCGGCGUGCGGGCGUUGCUUCCGUGAGAGCACCUCUCUCCUGAACCACGCCGCGUCGGGCGCCUGUGGCAAACCUCCUCGGAGUUCAAAAAACCGGGGCAGCGGCGGAGGGAGCACGCCGAGCAGCAGUAAAAUGGGAAGCAGCGGUGACAGGGUGGGACUCCCAAACGAUGGGGCAGCAAUGACGAAUAACAAAUAUGCAACGGAUUACUCCAGAAAUCGCUACCAGAAUCAGUCGACGUACAGCAGCACGGUCGACGACUACCGGCGAUCACAAUCCUCGUCUCUGUACUCCUCAGAGAGCACGCUAGCCAGUGAAAUGACCAGCCAAACUCUGCGUAAGGCCCCUUUAGCUCCAACUCUUCAUCCACACCCACAGAGCCAGCACCACCACCACCAACAGCCGCCACCGCCACAGCAGCCGCAGCCCCACCUCCCCCUCUCCUCCUUAUUGGAUGAUUCGGAGGAUGAAGUCACCAGCAGCGCGAUGUCGGCCAUCGCUGCUGCAGCCGCCGCCUCUUGUGAUUUAAACGCAGAAGGCCGGGACGGGGAGAGGAGGGACAUCAUCGGAGGCUUGCUGGGGGGGUUGGGGUUUGGUAACCUGGGUGGACCCUCGUCCACGUCCAGCCUCAACGGUUCCACCAUGCCUUUGACCCACCCCAGCCAUCCGCACAGCAAGCCCCGGAGGCCGAGGAAGCCCAGAGAGAAGCGGGACCCGAGCACCAUCGUCAGGAGAAGAAGGAGCCCGGCGCCUCCGGGGGACGGAUCGGAGAGACCGUACAGCUGUCAGAUCUGUGGUAAACGCUUCAGAAGGGCGGAGACCCUGCGGCGCCACAACCGCGUCCACACGGGGGAGAAGCCCCACGCCUGCGAUGUGUGCGGCAAAAUGUUCCGCGAGCCUUUCCACCUCACCAAGCAUCUGACUGUACACUCCGGUCAGAAGAACUACAAAUGCAAUCUGUGUGGGAAGAUGUUCGCCUAUGCACAGAGCCUCGUGAGACACGGGAAGCUGCACAGGAAAGGAGAGAUCGACAGCCAGGGGAGGAGGGUUAAAGGAGCCGCCGCUGCUGCCGCCGCCGCCGCUGCCGCCAUCAGUCAAGUCGGCAACACGGGAAACGCUGACUACUUCUCUUCCUGCUCCCAGGGAGAGAAGUCUCCAACAUCUGGCACCCCGUCUCAGAGGCUUUACACCUGCACAGUGUGCUGGAAGUCGUUCCGCCACUAUUUCCACCUGACGGCGCAUCAACAGACGGUCCACGGCGGCGGCGUCGGCCUGGAGAAGUCCUUUCGUUGUGAAGUCUGCGGCAAAGCCUUCGCAUACUCCAACAGCUUAGUGCGCCACAAGCUCUCUCAGCACGGCAUCGACCGCAACGGCCAGCGGGUCAACCAGUCGCAGCCCUCUGGAUACUCGCCGCUCUUCUACGACUCUGGAUCAGGUACAAACUACCCCGGGUCGUCUCACAUGCAGCAGGGCGCCGCUGGGCAGCAGCAACAACAGCAGCAACCGCCGCCGCCGCAACCACCGCCGCCACCCCAGCAACCGCAGCAGCUGCAGCAGCACCCUUUUCACUACCGCUCAAAAAACUUCCAAAAGCGGCAUGGACAAACAAAAAAGCAAAGGAAAAAAAAACGCCGAGUGCUGAUCCACAGCAUCAUGAGAGAUGGAAAGCUGGUGGGAGUCCCUCUGAGUAAAGACACCCGCAGGAAGCUGAUCGCUCUGAGGAGGAAGCGGGGCCGGCUGCAGGCGCAGGUCAACAAAAAAAAGCUCCUGGCCCAGCUGAGGGUGAAGGGCUGCGUGAUGAGGGUGAAGUCGUGGUGCGGCGGCGCCGUCAGAGUCACCGGGCUCACCUCCAUGGAAGUCCCCAUCAAACGCUUCCCCUGCCCCAUCUGCCCCAGCACCACGUACGCCAGGCAGGGCUCCCUGCUGCUCCACCACGCCGUCAGGCACCCGACGAGAACCUCAGACCGCCACGCCCGCCUGCGCUGCCAGGUGUGCGGGAAACGCACCAGCUCGUUACACAAAGCCUUGAAACACAGGGGCCACCAUCUCAAACAGGCCGCAUUCCAGUGCAGCAAAUGCCGACACCGUUUCUGGAGCCCCCGGCUCCUGGCCCGCCACAAGUUCUGCUGCCGGGGGGGGACCAGCAACAGCGGGAACUGGGAACUGGUGAAGAUGAAAUCCCCGCCGUCACUCGAGCAGUCAGAAAGUGACCAUUCACCGGUCCAGCUAACGGUCCCGGUUCUGGUCCUGCCUGAGAGAUCAACUGUUUUGACUGAGUACAGUCAGUAAAAAAAAAAGAAAAAAAAAAGUUUUCUAGACUAGAUUGUUUUGAUGUUUAUUUUUUUUAAAUAAUCCAAGAAGCAAGCAAGAGCUAGCAAGUUUUUAACAGAACAAAUAGGAGAAAGGGGGAAGGGUUUAGUAUAACUACCAUAAUAUCCCCAAACCUCCCGCAGAAACCUGCAAACAAUCCUAAUUUACUGCAGCAGAGGUGGCUGAUAAAUUAGAGAGGACUUCAAAAGGCCCCAAAAUCAGAGCCACCCUCAUCACGUGUCCCCUAAGGUGGAGGAACUCUAGACCAAUUAUAGUAGCACCUGUUUGACAAAUGCAUUAAUCCAGUUUCCUUUCCAACAUCCGUUUAUUUUUAUUUUCCCACUAGCAGUGUUUGCGCAUACAUAUGGAUUGGAUGCCUAUAGUAGAAGUGAGGUACCUUUUUAGUACCAGUUUAUUUUUUCAAAUUGUUUUCACAUUAUUCACAGUUAAACCGUAUAGUCCGUGUCUCUUGCUCUGUAUGUGUUUUUAUUUGUUACCCCAGUGGAGAAUCUCACUUUUUAUACUGAGAUGAAAUCUGCCCUCAACAUAAAUUAAUCUUUAAAAAAAGAGAGAGAAAAAACAACAAAUCCUGAGAACCUCAUGAGAAGUAUUAGUCACUAAAUGCAGUCGAUGUGGCUGUAAAGGAUAAAAAGGAGUUAGGACAAACAGAACAGUGUUGGUGACCUUGUUUUUAAAUGUACACUACUUUUGUCAUUUUUUAAAGAGGCGUGGCCGCAGAGAAAACACGACUCAAACUGUUAAUGUGUUCAGGAUUUGAAAAGGACAACAGAAAUAACCGGAGUGUACUGUACAAUUCGUAUUAUAUUUUAUUAUAUAUUGAUGAUUUGCUGUUUUUUACUCCAAGUAUCAUUUCUUUUAUCAUCGUUGGUAUUGUAUGGGUGGGAGGGAACGAGUUGGGGGCUAUCUUUGUAAAACAGCGGGAUGAAUAUAUGUAUCGAUGUGAUAUUUUUUCCCCCUCCCUGUACCCCUUUUACCCACUCCCUCAUUGCCACAGUUAUGCCCAAUUUUUGUAACAAAAAGCGUGUACACAUAGUUCAUUACUUAGGUCCUGUCCAGACGUGUUUUUUCUUUUUUCUGUAAAACUAAAACAUGUAAUAUUAUUACUAAAUUACUAUCCUUUUCUUUGCCUAAAAGUGAGUUGUUGAAAACCCUCAAAUCAAAUAAAAAAAAAAAUCUGAAAUGGUACUUUUGGUUUUAAGUUUAUGUUAAAGCUGAAGGUAGUGAGGAAUAGAAAAACUGAUUUUUUUUUUUUUUUUUUUUUUACGAGAUUUCUUUAAUUUUCCCAGAGAUAGAACUGUUUCCCUUAAAAUAAAAACUCAAUUUAAAGCUGCCCCAAAUAAAUAUUCACCCAUUUUUAAAAAGUAUUAUUGUAACUGUAUGCUUUUCUAUUAGCGCCCAACUGAUUUGGGAUUUUUGAGACUGAUACUGAUUCCAAUUUUAGAGGCAAAGGUUCACAGAUAACCGAUUUGCUGCCCAAUAUAAUGAUUUUUAAUCUGGAGUUAAAAUUGAUAAAUUCCAUGUUGAUUUUGCACCAAUUCGACUCUGCAAAGGAA